AUGUCUCCAACUCCACAACCAAAAGAACACCUUAUUGCUCGAGAUGCGAUCGCGCUCGAGAUGAAAGACAGCUGGAGCCCCGGUGAAGAUCGCAGAGAUAGAGGUAGAGUAGACCGAGGAGUUAUUGAACGACGGUCGAGAAGAUCAAGGUCUCCCACGUCACGUCGCCCGGACGCCGACAGGACAAUCAACAUACGAGAUCGCAGUACUGAUAGGUCAAGGCCAUCACAAGAAAUUGAAAGACGAGAUCGUAGCCCGGAUCGCAGAAGACAAUUAUCUCCUCGGCCAGGAAAGGGUUCACAAGAAGAGGUAUUGAAGCGCAAUCAAGGCAGGGAACUACUGUCGGAGACGCGAGGCUCAGAUACCGUAAGAGGAAACACAGCUCAUUCUCCUCCAGCGAUCAAACGAAGAAAGAGUCGUAGCCCAUCGCCGAGUCGCAAUCAGCAAAAGAAGGUUCGAAGAAAUUCUCGCAGUCCAGCACGGCACAACGGAGCUAGUAAAGGGUCAUCCCGGCGAGAUAGGAAGCGACGAAACCGGUCUGCAUCACAACAUCGACAUCGACAAUCAGAACAAAAUAGAAAUAAUCAACGCGAGGAAGGAAAUCCUAGAAACCGCAGAGAUUUUGGAAAAACCGAUAAGCGUGGACGAUCUCCUGGCCAAAACCGCGAUAAAUUUGAGAGACCUCCUCCAUCCUCCCUGGACUACGACGAUCCCCCGACGAAUCGCAAUAAAUCUCCUCAAAGAAUUGUCGAGCAAGAACAAAAGGACAGAGCAAGACCAGCACCAGCACCAGAGUCCGUUGAGGACAAGGAGAAGAAUCGAGAUAUUUCCCCAUACUCGAGCCGUCGAUCCCCAGAGGCAGACAGAUACGAACCAUCAAAUCGUGGUCGUCAUCAAUCGCCUCGUGCGCCGAAAGGACCGAAGGGAAAUAGGAGACGUUCUCCAAAGCGAGACAAGGGACGACCUCCUCCACGAGACGAAUAUCGUCCGAAUAAUAAAUCCCGAGGUCGACCUACUUCGGCAGCUUCAGGAGCGAAUAGUAUUCAGGUAAAGUCGGAUAAGAUGGCCAACAGAGGAUUCUUUGGUAGCCAGCAAGGGUACAAUCCAAACCAGCAGAUGCAGGCUGCAUUUCCUUUAAAACCACAAUUUAACCAAGUUCCUCAAGGGCCUCAAGCUGAUUUACGACAAUUUUCACAAUCUCCACAGCAUCAAAUGACCCCAAACUCGUAUCAUGGUUCACCUCAGGCACAAUCACCAUAUUCUUCUGGGCGUGGAAAUUGGAAUGGCUCACAGCAACAACAAUUUUCGCCUACUUCGCAGUUCCAACCGAACUACCAGCAACAGCCGGGAUAUGCUACUCCUACCGGCCCGCAAAGUCAAAUGUAUGGCAACCAAACACAGUCUCCUUCCUACCAAGCACCUCCCACAGGGCCAAUGAAUAAUAAUCUCCGAGGAAAUCAACGAAAUUUUCGAGGUAACAAUUUCAAUCCCCGAGGUGGUCGUGGUAAUCAGUUCAAUCCUCAAUGGAAUCCUCCCUCUGGUCCCUCUGGCGCCAGUCGUGGCCAGUUCACCAACUCCGGCAACGUCACACCUCAGCAUAUGUCUCCGCAGCAGCAGUUCCCCUCGCAGAACCCACUUGAUACUAGUGCAAUGCCACUACAAAACCAGGUAGAGGAAAGCGAAGACUUGUUUAGACCCUCAAAAGACCUCCAAGCUGAGGAUACUAGCAAGAAGAAUGAUGAGGAACAGAUGCCCCCUCCUAGUCGACCACCGCCAACAGGACCUCAAAGCCAACAGAAUUCCUCGAAAUUCAGCUUUGCCUUUAAAGGUCCGGCGAAAGCGGCUACUACUCCAAAACCAGAAAUUUCCCAAAAGCUGAACGCUGCGCCAAUCAAGCGAGAUAUGCAAGAUAGCCCUCGUGGUCCUGCAGCAACACGAAACAUUCCCACAGAACCAGCAUCUGCAAGAUCACAACACACAUUCCGCGAACCACCGCCACCUAUCACGCGUAAGGUCAAGAAGACUUUGCAACGUAUGAAGCCAAAGCCACAACUACUCCCCGAAUACAAAGCAUCAGAUUCUGUAUACUAUCGGAAACCUGGUAAUGAAUCUGUGGUGGGGUCUGGGACUUACGGUAAAGUGUUCAAGGCCAUUCACGUUUACACAAAGAAGUUGGUUGCUUUGAAGAAGAUACGCAUGGAAGGAGAGCGCGAUGGAUUUCCCGUGACUGCGGUACGAGAAAUUAAACUGCUUCAAUCCUUGAAGCACGCAAAUAUCGUUAAUCUACAGGAGGUAAUGGUGGAAAAGAACGAUUGCUUUAUGGUUUUUGAAUAUCUGUCCCAUGACCUGACAGGAUUGCUCAACCACCCAUCCUUCAAGUUGGACGCAGCUCACAAAAAGCAUCUUGCUAAGCAGCUUUUUGAGGGCCUUGAUUACCUUCAUCGCCGAGGUGUUCUACAUCGGGAUAUCAAAGCAGCGAAUAUCCUCGUGAGUGAUGAAGGGCAACUGAAAUUAGCAGAUUUUGGAUUAGCUCGAUUCUACGCAAAGCGAAGGCAGCUAGACUAUACCAAUCGUGUUAUCACUAUCUGGUACCGUUCACCGGAACUUCUCCUCGGCGAGACACAAUAUGGCCCUGCAGUCGACAUAUGGAGCGCAGCCUGUGUUUUGGUUGAAAUCUUCACUCGACACGCAAUAUUCCCCGGGGACGGUGGCGAAAUCAGUCAACUCGAGAAAAUUUACGCUGUACUUGGAACUCCGAAUCGAAAUGAUUGGCCGGCCUUAGUAGAUAUGGCAUGGUUUGAACUACUCCGACCUUCUGCCAAACGAUCCAACGUCUUUGCAGAAAAAUACAAAGAUCGAGUUACGCCGGCUGCAUUUGAGCUCCUGGAUGCCAUGUUUCAAUAUGAUCCUACCAAGAGACCUUCUGCCUCUGAUGUUCUUGAGCAUCCGUAUUUCACAACGGAAGAGCCAAUUCCGAGACAGGCUAUUGAACUUAAAGAACUCAAGGGUGAUUGGCAUGAAUUUGAAUCCAAGGCGUUACGCAAAGAAAACGAGCGUAAGGAUAAAGAGGCGCGAAGAGCGGCGCAGAAGGAAAAGGAGAAGAAGAGAAGUGCAGAAGGUGAAGCGAGUUCCGACAGAGACCCAAAACGAGUAAUGAUGGGACCUCCAAGCAUACCACCUUCGUCAUCCAUAAUCCAAACUCAGGAGGUCGCCGUUUUAAAUGAAUAG